UCACAGAAUAUUUUAGAUAUUUCGAUAUAGCUUCCAGGACACGCCUACAUAUGAUUCCCAUUCUCACUGACUCUGCUGUCUUAUUACAGACAGCUCUACUAAUUACUAAACCUGACUAAGGCAUUUUCUGCUCCACCUACACCAAGCUGAACAGAGCUAUGGGAAGGAGGCCUGCGCGAUGCUACCGGCAGAUCAAAGGCAAGCCGUAUCCGAAAUCGCGAUUCUGCCGCGGCGUGCCUGAUUCGAAGAUAAGAAUCUACGAUGUAGGAACAAAGAAAAAAGGGGUUGACGAGUUCCCACUCUGCGUGCAUUUGGUGAGCUGGGAGAAGGAGAACGUGUCGAGCGAGGCAUUGGAGGCUGCCCGCAUCGCAUGCAAUAAGUACAUGGCGAAAUUCGCCGGGAAGGAUGCAUUCCACCUGCGUGUCCGGGUGCAUCCCUUCCACGUCCUGCGUAUAAACAAAAUGCUGUCAUGUGCUGGAGCCGACAGGCUCCAAACCGGCAUGAGGGGCGCCUUUGGGAAGCCACAGGGAACCUGCGCUCGCGUCGCCAUUGGUCAGGUGCUGCUCUCUGUCCGUUGCCGCGAUGCCAGCAGUCCUCAUGCUCAGGAAGCUCUGCGCCGCGCAAAAUUCAAGUUUCCUGGUCGCCAGAAGAUCAUCAUAAGCCGGAAAUGGGGAUUCACGAGGUUCAAUAGGGUUGAUUACAUUAAAUACAAAGCAGAGAACCGUAUCAUACCAGAUGGAGUCAAUGCUAAGCUCCUCACACACCAUGGACGUUUAUCUGAGAGGGAACCUGGAAGAGCUCUUUAUCCUCCAACUGCCUAAAGAUCCCUUGUAUUUAUUCAUUACAAAAUUUACAUGAUUCCGUCUGCUAUACAGUAUUGUAAUAAAGCAGCACACCGCUCUACCUCUA